AUGGCCGACGCGGCGCAGGGCCCGGCGGUGUUCGAGGAUGUGGCCCUGCGUUUCUCGCGGGGGUGGGGGCUCCUCAGCGUGGCGCAGAGGGGCCUGUACCGUGACGUGAUGCUGGAGAACUUCGCGCUCAUCAGCUCGCUGGGUUGCCUGUGUAGAGUGAAGGAUGAAGAAUCUCCUCCCGAGCAAGUGAAGAGUUGUAGAAUCCAUGUGGGAGAGCAGACCUACAUGUGUGGAGAGCAGGGUGACAACCCAGCCUCUACAGACCUCUUCCAGCCCAAAGCUUCCCUCAGUGAGAGAAAGGUGCAUGGGAGCUCUGAGCACAAGCCAGCCCUCCCCAACCUCACUCACAAGCCACAGCAGGCCGUCCGCACUUCACAGAAGCCCUUCAAGUGCAGUAACUGCAGAGAAAAGUUCCUGAAGGCCUUUGCUCUCCUCAGCCACCUGAUAGCUCAGCCUGAAGAGAGACAUUUCUGAUGCCUGGCAGGUGGAAGUGCCCCCACCAAGAACUUGGCCUCCUCUGAUGACCAGAAAGACCCGUCUGAAGAAAACGCCCAUGUGUGUGGUGAGUGUGGGAAAGCUUUCAGCUACGCAUCCAAACUGAGGAAGCACGGGAAGAUACACGCGGGCGUACGGCCUUUCCAGUGCAGUGAAUGUGGGAAGACAUUCAGCCGCAAAGAUGCCCUGGCACUGCACGAGAGGACUCACACUGGAGAGCGGCCGUAUGAGUGCAGCAGGUGCAGCAAGGCCUUCAGUGUGCUGUCCACCCUCAUUCGGCAUCAGAAGGUCCACCUUGGAGAAAGGCCCUACGAGUGCAGGGAAUGCGGGAAGUUCUUCAAAUACAACAAAAGCUUUGUUCUUCACCAGAGAAUCCACGCUGGAGAGAGGCCCUUUGUGUGCGAACAUUGUGGGAAAACCUACGUGACCCGCUCAGGCCUGUACCAACACUGGAAGGUCCAUACUGGAGAGCGACCAUAUGGGUGCAGCCUGUGUGGGAAAACCUUCACCACCCGCUCCUACCAAAAUCGGCACCAGCAGUUCCAUACCAGGGAGAGCACCUACACAUGCGCUGAAUGUGGGAAAGCCUUUAAACACAGUUCUACCCUCCACCAGCACAGGAAAACGCACACUGCAGGGUCCUCUGGAGGCCAGCGCUGGCGGAAAAGCCAUCAGCGGCUAGCAGCUGGCUCAGCAGGAGAAACCUCGUCUCAGAAAGGCCUUCAUGAGGGUGCCUUCUGAAAGAAGUGAGGCCUCCUACAUCCAGAUGCCACCGUGCACUCCAGCUGACCCUGGGAGAUGCCAUGCAUGCCACCUGUAUGGGGACUUCUGGAAGCCACACUGCAUUCUCUGCCUGCCCAAAUUGCUGGCAGUUAUAUCACUGCUGGCUCCUGUGACAGAAGCCAUCCUACCUCCAACGCUAGGCAGGUCACCACUGCGUUAUCUCAGUCACCCAUAUCGAGGGGCUGGGGAUUUAGCUCAACGGCACAGUGCCUGCCUGGCAAGCGCAAGGUCGUGAGUUCGAUUUCUGGUACCGGAAAAAAAAACAAAAACCAAAAAAAACAAAACUAAUCAGUCACCCAUAUCCAGGUAGACAGGCCCCAUCUCCUCCAUAGGAGUGAACUGUGAAUGGUAGAGCCCACGACAGGCCUCCUUUUCCUCCCUGUGACUCAGGGAAGCACGGAUAGGACCCCAUGUUGCCCAAGAGGAGCUGAGCCAUCCUCUUGGAAGCUUCCAGACCUUGCUUGCCAUUUUUGUGGACACUGUUGCCACUGCUUGUGGUCCUUGCCUGCCAUAGUAAAGGCUACUUUCUGCUGCUUGGGAAACAUGGUAAUAAAAGCCUUGUUGUGUUAACA